GCAGCGGUAAACAAAUCCUUUGAAAAAGACAAGAGACGAGCGCUACCUGUGAAAAUCACCCGCGUGAGGGUUAAUUUCUCAUGAACUUUUGUCCUUUAGAGUGGCCAAGAUGCCUUCAAUAAAUGAGAUGGGUUGUGACAGUGAACCUGAAGAUAUGGAGGAAGAGAUGAGCAUAAUUGACACGGAUAAAAGUGAAGAAGAAGAGUCUGAAAGUGGAUCAUCUGGCAGUGAUGACGACUCGUCGGAGUAUGAUGAAUUUGACUGUGACAGAAGAAGAACUGAAUGUAUGGAAGACAUGAAUGAUCUAGAAAGUCAGUUCACAAGUCUCAGAGAUCAAUUGUACUCAGAACGACUGGAACAAAUUGAGUUUAAGUUGAACGAUGUCAAGUUGGAAGCUGCUCACGAGUAUCUAACCCCCCUCCAUGAGCUGGACCAGAUGAAGAGUAGAAAGCUCCGUAUUGCUAGUGUCCUGAGAGAGCUACGCAUGGAGAACAUCAGAAAUAAACUACAGAGUGAAGAAAAAGCCUCAAGGGAAAACCAUGAGAGUGAGAAAAGUUUACUCCGUGAUCUCAUGAAAGCUGACCUUGAAGACAAGAUCAAAAGACUAGAGGAAGACAGGCAUAAUAUUGAUCUUACAACAGAAUUAUGGAACGAGUCUCGGAUCUUGAAGCAGAAAGGAAAGAAACCAGAUUCAUUACAUUCUGACAGAAAGAAGAAACCAGUAGCUGUGUCAGGUCCUUAUAUAAUAUAUAUGUUGCGUGAGGAUGACAUCCUAGAUGACUGGACAGCAAUAAUGAAGGCAAGAGGUGCAAGUGCUAGAAGGAAAUCAGAUGGUCGUACAUCACACAGUGCCAAGUAUGAAGAUGGAAAGCUUCGCUAUGAUGGCAGAAUGUUUCAUAAAAAGGACCAGAUUCUUAUUGAGAAUAGGGAAGACUCUCCAGUCUCGGCCAGAAUAACUGCCAUCGAUGCUCGGGAGGUGUGGGUGAGGAGACAUGAUGGAACCAAAUCAAAGCUGCUACUUCACAACCUAGAAAAGGGAAAGUACACCAUUCAACAUGUGCGGUAGUCAACAUAUAACCGCUUUGGCAGCCUUUUCUAUGAACAAUUUGAACUAUCCUCUUUUGAAGGACAUGAUGCAUUUGAAAGAGAAUGGGAGUAAGGUCCAUCUUGCUCUUAGCUGAUGAUAAUUUGUAGUGACCUUAGCCGUGGGACUGGCACCGAAAUAAAGGGGUCAUCAUUACUUACCUCAUCUGUAAUACUUGUUGGACGUGGAGCAGUGUUCAUCAUGAUUUUCAGGAAUAUCUCAACAUUUUCACUUUUAGAGGCACAAGGGCAUUCUGUCUUUGUAAAAAUAUGUGUGCAUGUGACCUAAUGCCCCUAUGUCGCUAACCAUGCAAGAUUACGAGAAUGUGAUGAAGAGAUAUAUAUCUGUCUGGUGUGUCAUUGAUGUUUAUGUGUAUCAUGUCUUAUGCAAAUGCCAGUAGCUUUGUGUACUUCUUGUUUUAACCAUGAAUUAUUGCAUCUUUGAUGCCCAAUAUGUCUCUAAUUACUCAGCUUGCUGAUUCUAACUGAAAAUGAUGGUGUUUGUCCCAAACAUAAAUACUAUUCUAGAAUGUGUUUUCAUGUUUAUAUGAAAUGAUUUUUGAUUUACCAUAAUAUACGUGGCAGAAGGACACAGACACUAUUCAUAUUGAAGUCAGAAUUUAACUCUGAAACUGCCUUUUUUUCAGUCAAUAAUAUGGAUUAUUUAAGGUCUGAAAUAUUUUUGUAGCAAUAUUUAAGGGGUGAUUAAAGCUUGUUAUUCUUCCUUGACAAUCCUCUUAAAACUCAGUCAGAGGUUUGGAGCUGAUUCCAGUUUUGAAGGAUAGAGAGCAGUAAAAUGGAUGGGGUAUUUUGGCCUUGGUGUAAAUAACUUAGAUAAAGAAUAAGAAGGUGAUGAAUUUUCAAAUGAUCAUCACGUUGUACUUUUUGUAUCUCAAAGUGGAUGAAUUAUUCAAGUCAUUGUCAACUACUAGGCCUGUCUGACAAAUUUUUGCCAUUAUUCCCCAAAUAGUAGUGGCCAAUCAGUACCGUUAAUGUAUUUGAAUUUUGCAAUUUGUUCAACACAAUCGGCUAUUUAUAUUUAUACUAUAGAAAAUGUUAGGAUUUGUUUGAAUUUGGAAUAAUGGACAAUAUUUUUGUGUCAUUAUUUCAUCAUUCUUUAUACCUUAAUUCUUUUUUACCAUACCAAUGAAGGUAAUGUUAAGGUUGGAAUGCCCUCCUCCCCAAAAAUGCAAUUAACUUGGAUUUGAUCCCAUUCACUUAAAACUGCAUGGAUGCAUUAAUUCAAUGCUUGUUUUCACCAAUUAAUAAGUCGAUUAGGGUGCUAGUAUAACAGUUUGUGAUUUAAAGGUCAAGUCCACCUCAGAAAAAUGUUGAUUUGAAUCAAUAGAGAAAAAUCAGACAAGCACAAUGCUGAAAAUUUCAUCAAAAUCGGAUGUAUUAUAAGAAAGUUAUGACAUUUCAAAGUUUCGCUUAUUUUUAACAAAAUAGUUAUGUGAACGAGCCAGUUACAUCUAAAUGAGGGAGUCGAUGAUGUCACUCACUCACUAUUUCUUUUGUUUUUUAUUGUUUGAAUUAUACAAUAUUUCAAUUUUUUACGAAUUUGAAGAUUAGGACCUCCUUGCCUGAACCACAAAAUGUUAAAAUAAUGGAAUUCCACGUGUUCAGCGAGGAAUGAAACUUCAUUUCACAUGACAAUGAUGAGAAAAUCAAAAUAUUUCAUAUUUCAUAUAAUAAAAUACAAAAGAAAUAGUGAGUGAGUGAUGUCAUCAGUUCCCUCAUUUGCAUACUGACCGAGAUGUGCAUAUAACUGUUUUGUGAAAUGAAGCGAAACUUUAAAAUGUCAUAACUUUCUUAUUUCACAUCCGAUUUUGAUGAAUUUUUCAGUGUUAUGCUUGUUGAAUUUUUCUCUUUUUAUUCAAAUCAAGUUUUUGUUGGGGUGGACUUGUCCUUUAAAUAUCAAUUUGUGAAUUGACCUCAUUUUGAUCAUUUUUCAUUACAUGUAUUUGCCCAUCACAUUCCCAAAUCUAUUAAACCCUAGAGCUCACCAUUCUUGAGUUGAGGUAAGUGUAAGUUUCAUAAAGUUGUUUGUAAAGUUAAGCACAGCAUUUCAACUAACUGAAAAACAGCACGCAAUUUUUAUUCAUCACAUUAGCUUAGAUUGAAAUAUGCAGAUUUGAUUAGCAAUUUUGCUGUUAGAACACAUUUUGUGACAAAAUAUAUCUUAUGCCUAAAUUUAAUGAAAUUAUUUGAAAUACUGUCAUAGUUGAGUAAUAAAUCAGGAAAAAAAUUAGGCUCACAUUAUCAUAACUACAAACAGUUCUAUGAAAUAGCCUUGAGGGCAGGUUAUUGGUUUUCUUCAUAAGUCAGGUCAGACUAUAUUAAGGAAAAAAAACAUAGGAGUAAAUGGAAAACAAGUACCUUGAAACAUGACUUCAAAUUCAUGCAAAACAAGCUGGCAAUUUGUGAGGAUGAUUUCAGGCUGUUGCCUUGUUAAUAUGUGUUCCCUUGUAUGCAACUUCAUCAACACAGCUCAUGUUUCUCAACCUCACUAUACAUGUAUAGAAAAGUACCAGAAUUGUGCCACUUCCAACAUGUCAAAAAGGUCAAGCACUGAAAUCGUGCCCCUUUCCAGGUUUUGAUGCCAGUGCCUUUGUUUGUUUUUUUUUUUUUUUUCACCAGAGCAAAUUGUAGUUGCCCCCUUGUAACUCCUGAAAUUGGCAACCUAGGCACAUACCCGUUGCCCCCCCCCCUUCUGAUACACCACUGACCAGGAGACAAAUACAUUUUUGACUUUCUUAUUAGAUGAAAGAUAAUUUUGCAGGCGAUGAUUGACAGAUUACAUCAUUCCGCAUUUUGCUGAAUGAUAGUUAUAAUUAUUUGUUUGUCUGUCUGUGUAUGUAAGACUGAUACCAUUAUAGCAAUAUCAUUCUUUUUUUCAAAGAGGUACAUGUACAUUGUAUAGUUUAUGCUGUGUAAAAUAUAUUUGUAAAGAUGUAUAGUAUAUCAUGUAUUUAUAUGCCUGACAGAGAAAGCAGGGUGUCUCAAUAACAUCAGGCUGUCAGUUUCUAAAUCAUUGCAAUUGUUGAAAGAAGUAUACUUUUUCAUGAUUGUAAAACAGGUAUUUUUUAGAAGGAAAUUUAUUGUAUUUUCAAAUUACUAUUGAAAUAUCCUCCUAACUACUUGGGAAUUUUGUUAUUUGUACAUGAUUUCUUUAUGCAGUAUGCUAUUGAACAAAGGAAAUAAAAGUGAAUAAGUAAAUUGACGCACUGCAUGCUUCCAUGAACAAAAGAUUGUGAGAAAAGAAAUCAUUCAAAUAUAUCAAACAAUGCUGAGGAGUUCCGUUUGCUCUUGAAAGUUAAGGAUAUAACUCAGCAAUGUAUCAUUCCGCUGUUUGGAAACUUUGACUCUUGACCUGAAAAUAUAUUUCUGAUGCAUCCUGUUUUCUUAGUGUUAGCAAUUAUGGAUGGUAGUAAAUAUAUUCUUACACCAUUUCUUAAAAUCUAAUGGGCAAUUUGGUGUUAAGAAGAAAGGGAGCACACUAAAUGCAAUUUCUAGCCUACUUAUAAACCAGCAUUGAAACAAACGUAUUUGUGACACUGAGCAUUACAUAAUUACAUUUCUUCUUCCAUUUCAUAAUACUUUUUAUUUGAUAUUGAGGGUGGACAUACAGAGGAAUAUAACUAACUUUUUAGCUAUUUUGGGCUUUCUGUACCACAAUAAUCAGAGAUAUUUACAUAUUUUGAGAGCCACAAGACCUUAACUCAAUUCCUAUUUAUUAUAAAGCAGAUUAUAACUUCACCAUAUCUUUUUGGCAAAAUAUCUAAACAACUCUCAAAAUCACUGAUUUGAGUUUAUGGCCCGUAUUCUGAAGUGAGGUUUGACUUAGACCACGGUCUAACUCUGCUAAAAUCAUGGAAAGCCAAAAGCUAAAAAAUUAUGUUUAUAUUGUAUAAUUCUUAUGUUUACUAUUUUGUUUCGUUUCCUUUCAUAAUGAAGAACAAUACUUCAGAUGUCAUUCCCAGACAAUUUUGAACAAUUUGGGUGUCAUAUGAGUUAAUAGAUUGAAUGUGUACUGUUAGGGAUUUGUGCUCCAAUUGGCUCUCCAUGCUUAAACCACAACUUUAAACCAGGGUUUAAUUUAAACCUGAGUUCAGAAUACGGGCCAUAGCCUUCAGUUUUUCAACCCUCUAUAUAAGAAAGGAAGAAGGAAGUCACACAGAAAGGCCAAACUCUAUGUUGGCUCUUAAAAUAAAAAUUACUACUAUAUAACACACUGUAUGAGUUUUUCAGUUAUCUGUUCUUCCUGUACUAGGCCAGAUAUCAUGAAAGUGUCCCUUUCAUUUUAAAGCUGAAUUGUUCACCUGUAAAUAAAUUAGCAUUGUCUGUAUAUAUUUAAGUAUAUAAACACAUUAUCUUGUUAUCUGAUUUUGGGGGGUGAAUAUCAUGGUAAUGAUUAUGUUCAUUCAAAGCUAGUAACUUUAUACUGCAUUUAUUGAAAAGCGUCAAAGAAUACGGCCUAUUCAUACAAUUUAAGAUAUAUCAAAGUUUGUAGUUGAAUGAAAAAAAUAUUGUAUAGCAUGGAUUCCACAGAAGUACUUCCAAAUGGUAUGGCAAAUUAAUGUAAUAUAAAUUAUUAUUUAAUUGGUAAGAGUGGUUAGAAAUCUCCCUUGCUCAUUCUUACUGGUAUUCAUCAGUUUAUUAAUUUAUUUCUUUUGGUGUGGGAGAGAGGUAUUCCUUUUGAAUCCCAUCGUUUAUUGACUUAUCGAUAAUCAUAAAAAUACUUUUCACUGACUGUCAGUUGAUUUGAUAAAUGUUCUUGACAUGAUAUUAAAAUGCUCUGUAGAAUUUGUACUUAGUCUUCAUGACUAUAUUUUUUUCUACUAAGGAAUGAUUAAUUCCUCUAAAUUUGGUUGCUUUCCAAUAAAAUUGCAUUUAUCAAUUUGAUAUGACAGUGACUUACCACAAUCCAGAAGAUGAAGGGGAGAUAAAUGCUACUUACAGGUCUGUAUGGCUUCCUGUACUCAAAGUAACAGGUUAGGACCGGUUCAGGGUGAAUGAGAUCAGAAUAUGGGCCAUUAUCAUAUAAUAAUCUUUACCAUCCAAUUACUGUGAUUGUGUUUUUAAAAAGCCAUCCAACUCCAUAAUAAACAAUGGCAGAAUCAUAAAAUGUAUUUGAAAUUCUUUGAGUGAAUUCGAAUAUGUGAAUUUUAUUCAGGAUAAUAUUUUCCAAAUAUAUUGAAAAUAUUCA